AUGCCGGUCGAGAUGGCCUGCAAAGUCAUCAUGGGGAGGCGACGUGGCUUGGAAUUGUUAUCGGAGGCGGCAAUACAAGAAUCGAUGGAAUAUCCUGGCAAUUCCAGGACGGUCCCCGCGACUCAAGAGGCCAUCGACGCGCUAGAGAAGACGAAGCUAGACAAUGGUUGGCGAGAGGACGGCAGCACCGGAGAGCCGUGCGCGAUAUGCUUGGAAGAAAUGAAUCUACGUGAAGUGGAAGUUGCAAGCAUGCCAUGCAAGCACGAGUUCCAUCACGAUUGUCUCGCUCGAUGGCUAACGAUGAGCAAUAUGUGCCCGUUGUGCCGUUUCGCGAUGCCCACGAGCUUGAGUGAUGUUGACUAA